AGAUUUGAAAUUGAAGCGGGCGAAGGCGGAAGCGAAUGCAAAAGAAUAAAUAAACAAAGUAGCUCUGUUUUUAGUGGGGCCAUUUACUUCGGAUGGGACUCAGUCUACUUUUAAAAAGUAAAUUACGAUGUACUGCAAAUAGUUUUAGUCUUUUUUAGACGCUGAGGAUCGUUAGGAAAGUGUACAGUUACCGUUAGUUAGCUAAUCCUGAGAGUUUUGAGGAACAUCGCAAUGUCUAUAUUUAGCGUACAGGCAAGGAAACAUACAACUUAUUACGACCAUCUAGUGUCAGCAUCAACCUCAAGGACACCCGGCGGCAGAAACCGACAGGGAGAUGUAAAGGUACCAGACACAUCUUUAGGAAAAAGUGGGAUAUCAGGUGCAGAAUCUGGGGCUGAAGAGAGCAGGUUAUCAGAUAAAAGCCGUCAAGUAAACAGAACCUAUGUCGUCUCUGCACUGUCAAAAAGCGGCAGCGGGCUGCAAACACCUUACCGGAGCAGACUCACUCUACAAAGGAGGUCAAGGAGGAAGAGUGGUGCCGAGAAAUCGUUGACCGAAAGCAGCCAGAACAGCACUCCUGCUCCGGAGAAGAGAUUGACUCUACAGCGAAGGACCAGGACGCCCUCCAUGCAUAAAGCCGUGCGUGGGGUCAGCGUUACUGCUGACCCACAGCCAAUUUCAAAAGUACUCAGUGAACCAAAUGGCAGGGCGAGUUUAUUUAGAUCGGCAAGUUUAAGAGAAACUCCAUUAAAAAUAAAGGGAUCAGAAGCAGCAACUCCCGGGGCGCAAACCAAAACGCCAUCAUUUGCUUCCAGGCAUCUAGAUGAUUCGACUAAGACAUUUAAAACUCCCACCAAGAGGACGCCGUUUGAGAAAAUUGCUGCUAAAAGGGACGUUUUCGAGAGACUGGCUUGCAAAGAAGCACCGAAGCAGGUUGUAGGUAAAUUUGCAAGUUUGGAAAGGCCCAAACCCAAAGCUGAGCAAGCAGAAAACGCCAAACCAGUUCCAACUCCAAGAGUCUGCAAGGUAUCCUCAAGUGUGGAGAAAAGCCACGCUGUUGUGCCGGAGAGAAAGCCCACCACCGCAAAUCAACAAGGGGACGCCACCUUUGCAAGGAUGUCCACUCCAGUCCCCGCUGACCAACCCCUGAGUCACCCAUGUGAGGCUGCGGGGCAUCAGGAGUCAUUUAAGAUGGAGAACAGCGCAGUGACUGUGGCUGUCCGGGUCCGACCCUUCAGUGCCAGAGAAAAGGCUGAAAAGGCCACACAGGUCAUCUUUAUGAACGGCCAGGAGACAAAUGUCCAGCAUCCAGAGUCCAGGCAAAGCUACUCCUUCACAUAUGACUUCUCUUUCUGCUCUGUGGAUGGAGACGACCCCACCUUCGCCAGCCAAAAAACUGUGUACAAGACCCUGGCCAGGCCUUUGUUACAAAGAGCCUUCGAAGGAUUUAACACUUGCUUGUUUGCCUACGGCCAGACGGGUUCUGGUAAAUCAUACACGAUGAUGGGUUUUGAGGAGGAGGCUGGGGUCAUCCCACGUUUCUGCCAAGAGCUAUUUAUGAAAUUGGCCUCAAUGGAAGAUGAAGUGAAAUGUCAUGUGGAGAUGAGCUACUUUGAGGUGUAUAAUGAAAAAAUUCAUGAUCUGCUGGUUACAAGGGAGGAGCCAAACCAGAGGAAGAUGCCGCUGAGGGUGAGGGAGCAUCCGGUCCAUGGUCCUUAUGUUGCCGAGCUGUCUGCGAACGUGGUGAGCUCUUACAGUGACAUUCAGGGUUGGUUGGAGCUUGGUAACAAGCAGAGAGCUACAGCAGCCACAGGAAUGAAUGACAAAAGCUCCAGGUCUCACUCUGUCUUCACUCUGGUUAUGACCCAGACUAAGACUGAGUUUGUGGAGGGAGAGGAACAUGACCACAGCAUCAGCAGCAGGAUCAACCUGGUCGACCUUGCUGGCAGCGAGCGCUGCCGCACAGCCCAAACAUCUGGGGAGAGACUCAGGGAGGGUGCUAGCAUCAACAAAUCCCUGCUAACUCUCGGAAAGGUAAUCUCUGCUCUGUCAGAACAGGUGCUCACCAGGAAGAAGGUUUUUAUACCAUACAGAGAGUCUGUUCUCACAUGGCUGUUGAAGGAGAGCCUUGGAGGUAACUCCAAGACGGCGAUGAUCGCCACCGUAAGCCCUGCUGGCACUAACGUGGAGGAGAGCCUGAGCACGCUGCGCUAUGCUCAGCAGGCCCGCACAAUCAUCAACGUGGCCAAAGUUAAUGAAGACACCAGUGCCAAGCUGAUCAGAGAGCUGAAGGCAGAGGUGGAGAAACUGCGUUCUGCCCAGAUGAACUCCCAGGGUACUGAGCCAGAAAGAGUCAGGAUGUUCCAGCAGGAGAUCAGCACCCUGAAGAGUAAACUUUGUCAACAAGAGAGAGAGAUGGUUGAGGCCAACAGAGCAUGGAGAGAGAAACUUGAGCAAGCAGAGAUACACAAACGUGAAGAGACCAAAGAGUUACAGAAAGCAGGUGUGACUUUCAAAGUGGACAACCGUCUUCCGAACCUGGUGAAUCUGAACGAGGACCCCCAGCUGUCAGAGAUGCUUCUGUAUAUGAUCAAAGAGGGCCGAACCACGGUGGGCAAGCUCAAGCCGGACUCCAGUCAUGACAUUCAGCUCACAGGAACUCUUAUUGCUGAUCGGCACUGUGUCAUAAGUAACAUCCACAAUAUGGUCAGCAUCAUCCCUAUGGAUAACGCAAAGACCUUUGUCAAUGGGAACCUCAUCUAUGAAUCCACUGUACUACACCAUGGAGACAGAGUUAUCCUUGGUGGGGACCACUACUUCCGCUUUAAUCAUCCAGCAGAGGUGCAGUCUGGAAAGCGGGUAUCUUGCUGGACAGGAGCCGGGGAUGGACAAAAAGACUUUGAAUUUGCCAAGAAUGAGCUUCUUGCAGCUCAGCGAGCAAAGCUGGAGGCAGAAAUCGAAGAAGCUCAUUUGAAGGCAAAACAAGAGAUGAUGCAGGGAAUUCAGAUGGCAAAAGAGGUGGCUCAAAAAGAGCUUUCUGACCAGAAGAACCUUUAUGAAAAUAGGAUCCAAGCCUUGGAGAGAGAACUGAAUGAGGAAAACGAGCGAAAGCGUCAGCAAGAGAGAGAUCAGCAGAGGGUGGCUAGCCAGAUGGCAGAGCUCAAGAUAGCCAAGCUGGAGCUGGAAAAGGAGGUGGACUCCCAGAAGAGACGCGUCCGUCUCCACAUGGAAGCUCAGGCUAUAGAAGAACAAAGAGUUUGCCAAGCGAAGAUUGUAGAUGCCCUGGAGGCAGAAAAGAGGAAGAUCUGCAAGGAGCUGGAGGAGAUGCAGAAGAAAAGGGCUCUUAGGGAGAAACAAACUACCAGAAAUGCUUCUCCACAGUGGGAUGCCAUGAAGCUGUCCUUGAUGAUUGAGGAGGCCAAUAAAAUCAGCGUUAAGCUGAAGAAACACACUCUCUUCAGCAGACAUGAAAGCUCUGAGACUGAGCACACCCAGCAAGGCGGGCUUCAAGUACGUCUUCAAAACACAAAGCUGGGAAUCUCCACUUUCUGGAGCUUGGAAAAAUUCCAGAACAACAUGGCUGUGAUGAGAGAGCUGGAACAGGGGGAUUCCACCUCUAAAGAUGACGAUGUGUUUUAUGACCCUGAUGAUGAGUGGGAGCAAGAUAUAUUAGUCUCCUCUGCUUCCACUUCCUCCUUUUCUCGCCGAAGGAGCCGAAGCCUUCUGAAGACAAAGCGAAUCUCUGGACGUUUGUAUGAAAUCCGAGUUCAUCCCAUUCAGAGCCUCACCAACUCCUCACAGUCUGCUGGGCUUAUAUGUGGAUCAGUCCAACCUCCUUCCAACCAAACGAGCACCACGGAACCCGCUGUGCCCAGCCUCUGCAAGGAGCUCAUUGGCCGGUCCUUGGCUCGUCUGCGAAGCUGCAGCGAGACAGAAGAGACCUUGGCAGACAGACUGAUGUCUGAUCUGAAUCUGGUAUACACGGCUGUCCAAACUAUAUCUGACUUGUAUGAGGGUCUAGAUGAUGACAGCCAAGACAGUGUGUUUGUGUGCAGCGUGGCAGCCCAGACUGAACUGAUCAAGGCCACUACGGCAUUAGAGACCGCCGUGUUUGUUGCCAUGCAGUGGCUGGCCACUAUUAAACGCUCCUCUGGCUUGCUGUACUCGACUGCUGAAGAACUUAAAAGCCAAGUCAAGAAGAUGGGAGGAUUCUUCCAAAUGCUUAUUCAGGGUUGUGAAUCUGAGAUCACAUCAAUGGUGAAGGAAGCACGGAGGAAAAGCAGUCAGUGCUUGGAUGCAGCGAUGCUCGUGCUUGCCCAGCUGGCGGUGGUGACGGGCAUGCCGCUCAGUGUUACGGCUCCUGGCAAUCAGGCCACAGGCAAGCAAUCACUUUUGAGCUGUCUGCUGAGGGGAACCAGAAAGGGUGUGCGCUCUCUCCUGGAGGAAAUCCUUGCCAUCACCAGGGAAACGCUCAGGGAUGCUCAGCUGGCCUAUCCCAGAAACCCAGUCUUACAGAGUCUAAAAUCCAAAACUCUUGAUAUGUCUCGUGCCCUGCAGAGCUACAUUCAGUCCCAUAUUUCGGAGCAAGAAAAUGAUGAAGAGGCGCAUGAAGAGGAGGAAGAUGCAAUCUUACUCGCUCAUUUACAGAGGCUGAGGACUAUGUCGACCAAACUGUUCCAGCUAACCCAGGCCAUCCAACAGAUGCAGUCUUGUCUGUCUACAGCCCUGCGAGGUAUGGAUAGAAAUCCUGAUCUCAGCAGCUACAGAGAGCUGAUCUCCUCCUCUACCAAGGUGGUGGAUGAGCUGGUCACUGACCUGUCCAGCAAGGGAGUAGAGACUAAGUCCUUGCAGCUUCCCUGUCUUCAGACAGUAAUAUCUGCACGAGAUGAUCUCCACUCCGCCCUGCAGUCCUUGUCGUCUUUCUGGAGCGAGCAGGGGGUGAACGACAGCAGAAGUUCAGCUGGUUCGGACAGCAGUUUAGAAAAUGACUCCUCCAUUAAAGAAAGGCCCACCACUCACAAUGCAGUUAGAAAUAAAGGUGUGUAUAAAGUGGUGUACCCCUUUACUUCAGGUGUGCCACUCAGUGGCAGCCCUCACUGGGUGUAAUAUCUCUUUGGGUUUUUAAUCAUAGGUUGUAGUUUAAGAGUUUAAAUAAAUUGUUACCUUGAAGAAAAAUAGAGAGGCAACCUGCUAGGAUUCAAGUAACUGUAAAAGUACAGGAAACAAUCUUUGUUUAAAAAUAUAAAUACUUGCCUGUGGCAUUCACAAACUGCAGAAAAUGGACACAAUCUUUCUUUGAAACAUUCAAGAGUAACAAUUGCGUUGCUUUCAACAUGGUGUAAAGGAAAAUACUGUUGAAGUUUCUUUAAUUUCUCUUGGUAUGGUAAAAACACGCCCUCCAAUGAGAAUAUUUUUAUGAUGCGCCAAGUGAAGCUAAAACGUUACUCAUGAGUGUAAAUUGUACGUUAAUUGAUGUUGGGUCAAUAGAAGCUCUAAGGAAAAGGGCAGUCUUUGUCAAACCAUUAUUUCAGGACAAUAUAUUUUUGGGACAUGUAAAGUCUCAAUUAUGGGCACUCCAGGUAGGCUAAUUUGUAAGAAAUGGAGGACCUGGUUUUUAAACUCUUUUGUAUAUUGUUUGCUCCUGUAUAUUGUAUUGCAGCAUAACAUAUCAAACUAUUUGCACUCAGACACUUGUAAAUUUGGGUUUCAUGCUAAUAUUUGUAUCUAAAUGAAUGCUGUUGUAACCAUUUUUUAUUGCUUUAAAAAAAUGAUACAGCCACUUGCGCAGCUGCUAAGAAUCGCAUGACUUGAUUUCACAUGGAUUCCUAGUUCUUUACUUUUAUCUCACAAUACAUUGCUGGUAGAGUGCACCCAUAUAAAGACUUUUACUGCUAAGUAACAAUAAAAUCAUAUUUUUUCUAUA